AUGUUUUUAAUGAUUAGAACAUUAUUGAAAUAAGUUUAGCUUUAAUAAUCUUUAAGACUUAUUCCUAAAUAUUAAUUUUCCAAACAUGAAGACGAUUGGUUAAAUAAAUAACAUAAAUCAAAAGAAAAAUUAUAUUUCACAUAAGAAGAAUAAAAGUAAAUGAAGAAAUUAUUAGAAAAGCUUAGUCAAACAUCUAAGUUUGUAGAAGAUGUAGAACAUGAAACUUCAGAUGCUGGAUAAGUAUAGAAAAUUUUACAAAGAUAUAAUAUUUCGCCAUCCGAAGCUUUAAUUGAAGAACUAACUGAUUGGAAAAAAUAAAAAAAUAAUAAACGUCAUGAUGAUUGA